AUGGCAUAUUGUAGCAGCAACCCCAAUAUAGGCCUUGGCAGCAGUUGCUCCGCUUUGGGAGCUCUCAGCCCAGAGACAGUAUCCAUGAUCUUCCUGAAGUUCAAGAGGGCUGUCAGUGUCUUCAUGGAAGACUGGAAGUCUAGCCACAAAGCAUUAGAAGGCUACCUAUGUACCUUCAGAUUUCCCAGCACAAACAUCAAGAUAACAUUCACAGCACUGUCCAAUGAGAAGAGAGAAAAACAGGAGGCCCCAGAGUCCCCAGUUAAGCCUGUGCAGCCUCAGAUCACUCCCUUAACAAUAAACAUUCCUGACAACAUGGCUCACCUAAUCAGCCCUCUACCUUCUCCCACAGGAACUAUCAGUGCUGCAAACUCCUGCCCAUCUAGUCCCAGGGGGGCAGGCUCUUCAGGGUACAAAAUGGGUCGUGUGCUACCCACUGACCUACAUUUAAUGGCUGAUAAUUCACAGUCAGAAAAUGACAAAGAAGCUUCAGGUGGAGAUAGCCCAAAGGAUGAUUCGAAGCCUCCUUAUUCCUAUGCACAAUUAAUAGUCCAAGCAAUUACAAUGGCUCCUGAUAAGCAGCUUACAUUAAAUGGAAUUUAUACCCACAUAACUAAAAAUUAUCCAUACUACAGGACAGCAGAUAAAGGCUGGCAGAAUUCAAUUCGCCACAAUCUCUCUCUGAAUCGUUAUUUCAUCAAAGUACCACGUUCCCAGGAAGAACCAGGCAAAGGCUCAUUCUGGAGGAUAGACCCUGCCUCUGAAAGCAAAUUAAUAGAGCAGGCUUUUAGGAAAAGAAGGCCUAGGGGAGUACCUUGCUUUAGAACCCCUCUGGGACCGCUCUCUUCUAGAAGUGCUCCAGCUUCUCCUAAUCAUUCUGGAGUGUUGUCUGCUCACUCCAGUGGAGUACAAACCCCUGAGAGUUUGUCAAGGGAAGGUUCUCCAGUCCCUAUGGAUCCAGAACCUAGUGCUCUACAACCUAAACUAGCAGUAAUACAGGAAGCUCGGUUUGCCCAGAGUGCACCAGGUUCACCUUUGUCUAGCCAGCCAGUUUUAAUUACUGUACAACGGCAGCUACCACAGACUAUUAAACCAGUUACCUACACUGUUGCAACACCUGUGACCACCUCAGCAUCUCAGCAACCUGUAGUACAGACGGUUCAUGUUGUUCAUCAGAUACCAGCUGUAUCAGUUACAAAUGUGACUGGAUUAGCUCCAGCAAACACUUACACUGUAGCUGGACAAGCAGUGGUCACACAAGCUGCAGUGGUUACCCAGUCCAAGGUAGAACCACAAGAAAAUGGAGACCACAGAGAAGUAAAAGUUAAAGUAGAACCUAUUCCUGCUAUUAGCCACACUACAAUUGGAGCUGCUAGUCGGAUCAUUCAAACAUCACAGACCUCCCCUUUACAGACAGUUACCAUAGUGCAGCAGGCACCUCUAGGUCAACACCAGCUACCAAUAAAAACUGUAACACAAAAUGGGACACAUGUAGUACCAGUCACCACUGCAAUCCAGGGACAGGUCAGCACUGCUGCUGCAAGUCCUUUACACAUGUUGGCAACCCAUGCAUCAGCAUCAGCCUCACUGCCAACCAAACGUCAGAAUGGUGACCAGUCAGAGCAGCCAGAACUGAAACGUAUCAAAACAGAAGAUGGUGAAAGCAUAGUCAUCGCUGUGAAUGUGGAUACACCAUCUUCAGGAGUUUACAGUUUGAAGAAUAAUCUUCUUAAUGUGGACUUACCACAGCUGAGUCCAUAUGUGGAGCCCAACCACAUCAAUAUAUCAUUCCGGAAAAAAGGACAGUAUCUGUAGCAUUGCACUUAAGCACUGGUGGAACCAAAUACCUAUUUACUCAUAUCAAAAAUGAAGGCAGAUGGAGCCAUCCUGUGAAACACCAGAAUUUGGAAUCUCUAGAGACCCAUGAGCUGGAUUUAUACAUCUCUGCAUUUAUCCUGACAGCUUUGCUUGAAUGAAGACUCUUUAAGAAUACGCUAACAAAUUGAACCCAAAACCUGAAGGAACUCUUCUUGUUUCUGACUUGGACCUGGAGGAGUGCUGGACCUGGGACCCUGAGACCUUGGUGA